AUGGCUGAUACGCUGGCUCGUCGCGACUAUAACGAGGUCAACACCAACUACCAAGCGCCCACCAUUCCUCAGGCCCAGCCGCAGACGGUCACGGUCACAGUGACCAAGUACAUCAAGGACAACAACGUCAACUACAGCACCCAGGAGCCCGCAUACACGACUGUUCAGGAGCAGCCUGUGUACAGUACAUCCCCAGCGCCCGUCUACACCAGCGUGCCUGCUUCGGCGCCCAGCUGGCAGUACGAGAUGCUUAACCAGGUCAACGCUGUCCGCUCCAAGGUCGGCAAGGCCCCACUGCAGCUUAACAAUGGACUGAACACCAUGGCGCAGGGCCAGUCCGACUACCAGAGCCAGAUCCGCAAGAUGACCCAUGCGAACUCUGCCGGUAGUCUCGGCCAGCGCUGCACCCAGGUUGGUCUCAAAUGGAGGGGCGUUGCCGAGAACGUUGCUUACAACUAUAAGGACGUCACAGCAGUUGUCCAGGGAUGGGUGAAUAGCCAAGGCCACUAUGCUAACAUGAUCGGUAACUACAACGCUGUUGGUUUUGGCGAGAAUAACCUUUACUGGACCCAGGACUUUGCGUUGAUCUGA